AUGGGUCCAGGGAAUCUCACUUGGGUAUCAGAAUUUGUCUUCCUGGGUCUCUCACAGACUCAAACAUUCCAGCGUUUUCUGUUUCUGGUGUUCCUGUUUGUCUAUACCACAACUGUUGUGGCAAACCUCCUCAUUGUGGUCACAGUGACCUGUGACUCCCGGCUCCACACACCCAUGUACUUUCUGCUCCAAAACCUGGCUGUCUUAGACCUCAGUUUCUCUUCAGUCACUGCCCCAAAGAUGCUGGCUGACUUCCUUUCUGAGGACAAAACCAUUUCUUACCAGGGCUGCAUGGCCCAGAUCUUCUUCUUUUACUUUCUGGGAGGUGCCAUGGUCUUCUUCCUCUCAGUGAUGGCCUAUGACCGGCUCAUUGCCAUCUCCUGGCCCCCCCACUACAUCACCACCAUGAACACUCAGCUCUGUGUGGGGUUGGUGGUGACCGCCUGGGUUGUAGGCUUUGUUCAUUCCAUUUCCCAGCUGGCUGUGAUGCUACCACUCCCUUUCUGUGGCCCUAACAUCUUGGAUAACUUCUACUGUGAUGUUCCUCAAGUACUGAGACUGGCCUGCACUGACACUGCCCUCUUGGAGUUCUUCAUGAUUUGCAACAGUGGGAUGCUGGAUGCCGUCUGGUUCUUUCUCCUUCUGACCUCCUACUCAAUCAUCCUGGUGAUGCUGAGGUCCCAUUCAGGAGAAGAGAGGAGGAAGGCAGCUUCUACCUGCACCACCCACAUCAUCGUGGUGUCUCUGAUCUUCAUUCCAAGUAUUUACCUCUAUGCCCGUCCCUUCACCCCAUUCUCCAUGGACAAGGCUGUGCCCAUCAGCCACACGGUCUUGACCCCCAUGCUCAACCCCAUGAUCUACACCCUGAGGAACCAGAAAAUGCAGGCAGCAGUGAAGAGAUUAGGGAGGCUCUGGCUGGUUUGUAAAAAGGAAUGA